AUGGAUCUUGUUUUUAAACUAAACAAUCAUUCCUUAAUGGGAAAGUUUCUGCGACUAGUUUUUCAACCGAUCACUUAUCCGAUUCUUGGUGCUGUUGUGAAGCUAGCUGUUUGGCGACAUAAUUUGAAAGUUAUUGGGAAAGAUCGAUUAAUGGAAGCUUAUAAAGCUCGCCCAUCGCGAACCCCUUUGAUUACCAUAAGCAACCAUCAUUCAUGCUUAGAUGAUUUCAUUUUGUUCGGAACACUUCUGUCACUCAUUGAUUUGAUGCACGUUGAUCGAUAUAGAUGGUCACUGACUGCCGUUGAUGUGUGUUUUACCAACGCUAGAGAUUCGUUCUUUUUCACUUGGGGUCAUGGCAUACCUGUGUGGCGUGGAGUCUAUCAACCAAGUAUGACCUUCUGCUUAGACCUUUUGAAUCGUGGUAAAUGGAUACAUGUGUAUCCACAGGUAAGCACCGUUUGCGGAUUUGCCAUACCAAUUUUCUAUAUAGACAAAGUAAAACCAAUUAAAAAGUACAGUUACACCAGAAUUGCAGAAAGCAAAGACAAAACUAAUGAUGACGUACUAUUUGAGUUAAGUUCAGAAGCGAUGUGUUCCGGGUUUUCUAGAAAUCGUGCAAGAUUAGGCACCACAGAAGAGCGAUGGGCAUUGCUGCGGUGGUAUCAGAUAGAAGAGAAGGGCACAUUAUCGGAUCGGCGUGUAGUGAAUGCGAAGUGUUUGAAGAACGUCGACUACGGCCGAUCGUGA